CCCGCCAGGACCAGCAGCAGACCGCCUUUCCUAGACGACAUCUUACGGCAGUGCGACGUGAAGGAUCAGGAGUCGUUGGACAGCUGCCUGUACCACGUCUUGAACAGUAUCCGGCCCUUCCUGCCAGAGGGCAUACCGGAGUGGCACAUCCCGCCCCUGGAGCCCAUGGUCAUCAAGGGCGUCUCGCUCAACCAGGGCGGCGGCAACACCAGAAUCAGGGCCAUGUUCAAGGACUUGAAGGUCUCCGGGCUGUCGAACUACAUCAUCACCUACGUCAAGUCGUCCCCGGCCGACUACAAGUUCACCAUCGGCCUGCAGUUCCCCAAGCUCCACACCAAGGGCGAGUACACGAUCUUCGGCAACCUGCUCCUCAUUCCCAUCAAGGGCCAGGGACCCUUCUGGGCUGACUUCAAAAACGUGACGGCCGACUCGUACAACUGGUUGGACGUCCAGCACCUCGUGGGGUCCGCGGGCCCCGGCCGCCUGCACCUCUCCCAGACCAAGACCGACUUCGCCAUCGACAAGGUGCAGCUCCGCCUGGAGCACCUCUUCAACGACGACGAGUUCCUGGGUGAGUCAC